UUUCGAGGCAGCUGGCUGGUCGCUACAGGAAGCGGAGGGUGAUCGCUCCACGUGGGUUUCGGUUCGGUGUAGAGCCGAGCGGCUCGUCUUUUGCUGGUUAUGGCUGAGAGGAUCGAAGAACGCAUCGAGGACCGAAUUCCGGAGCUAGAGCAGUUAGAGAGAGUCGGGCUGUUCACUCGUAAGGAAAUCAGGGCGGUCAUUAAGAAGGUCUCAGCUCUUGAAUAUAAGAUACAGCGGAGAGCACUUCACAAGAAAGACUUCAUUAGUUACAUACAGUAUGAAAUCAACCUCUUGGAACUCAUUAAGACACGAAGACUGCGCAUUGGAUAUUCAUUCAAGAAAGAAGAGAUUGAAUAUUCCAUUGUGCAAAGAAUCCAUGGCGUUUUCAAGCGUGCUACAACAAAAUGGAAGGAUGACCUUCAGCUGUGGCUGUCUCACAUUGCAUUUUGCAAGGAAUGGAACAAGAAAAUACAGCUGAGCAAGGUGUUUUCUUCCAUGUUAGCCCUUCAUCCCAACAAACCAGCUUUGUGGAUCAUGGCUGCAAAAUGGGAGAUGGAAGACCGCCUGUCAUCAGAAAGUGCUCGGCAGUUGUUCCUGCGAGCAUUGCGUUUCCAUCCUGAAUCUCCUAAACUUUACCAAGAGUAUUUUAGAAUGGAGCUGAUGCAUGCAGAAAAGCAAAGGAAAGAGAAGAAAGAAUUUGAGCAAGCAAAGAUAGAUUUAGGUGAGUUCAGUUUUUCUGAGGACAUUCUUAAUGGUGAACUGGCUAGAAUUGUCUACAGAAAUGCCACUGAAAAAAUAAAAGGUGCAGAGUUUGCGCUUUCGCUUUUGUCAGUUGCAAAAUGUUUCGAUUUUACACAAGACCUUCAGAAAGAAAUUCUUGAAAACUUGCAGGCAAUGUAUGACAAUGAUCCUCUUGUGUGGGAUUUCAUGGCACGGCGGGAACUGGAGAUGGAAUCCCUGCCUCCUUCAGAACAACCUAAGUCGAAGCAGUCCAAGGCUUUAGAGGUUGCCCGCAAAGAAGAACGGUGUUGUGCUGUAUUUGAGGAGGCAAUCACACACCUUCCCACUGAGGAAAUGUGGAAGUGUUAUGUCACUUUUACCUUGGAAAGAUGUAACCGAAAGACCAACAAUGAAGAAUUAAGGAAAAAGAGACUGGAAAGGGUACAGAAUGUUUUCAGCCAAGCUCAUGAAUCACAAUUGCUGCCAGCUCCUCUCUAUAAACAGUGGAUUCAGCUCCUGCUGGAACUCGAUCGUGAAGACCAGGCCAGAGAGGUGGCUGCAGCAGCCACAAACCGUUUCAGCCAAUUGGUGGAUAUGUGGGAAAUGAGGCUGCAGUUGCUGCUGAAACUGAAGAGCAGUGAAGUGGCUACUUGUGCCCAGGAGGCUUUCAAAGUGGUUAAAGCUAAGGACACCUUGCCACUAUGGACUUUAUGGCUAGAAUGGAGUGAAGGUGCCAGUAGUAAAGCAGAGACUGAAGCUCUCUAUCAGAGAUCUUUCCUUGCCACACUUUCUGCUGACUCCAUAGCCUUGAAAGAAAAGUACCUUGAGUGGGCUCACAGAACCGGUGGCUAUAAGAAAGCAAAGCAAGUCUUCACCAGGCUGCAGGAAUGCCGCCCAUUUUCACUCCAGUUCUUCAAAAAAAUGAUUGAGAUUGAAAAGGAACAAGAAUCCAGUAAAAUAUUUAACAUCCGAGAAUAUUAUGAACGUGCCUUGAGAGAAUUUGGUGCUACAGAACCUGAUCUUUGGCUGGAUUAUAUCAAAGAAGAGCUGAAUCAUUCUCAAGGCAAACCAGAGAAUUGUGGCAGUAUUCACUGGAGAGCUAUGAAAAUACUGCAGGGAGAACAAGUGGAAACUUUUAUUUCAAAGUAUACACUGCUGCAAGCUGGGCACCUGUGAGAAAUUAUUUUUUAUUCUAAUGGCAAAUUAACCUGUUAAUUAAACAGGUUAAAUUAACAACUAUGGAAACUCUUGGCUUUUAGUUGAGUCAAGUGUAUAAUGAAUGCUCCCUGAAUAAAUUACUUGCUACUAAAAAUUGCCUAACAUCCGUAUUCUCUCCACAUUACUGGAGUUAACAUAAAUGUAACAAUUUGAGAUUUUAAUUAAUAUACAUAUAUACUUUCAGGGAAAGUGGAAGAACAAACUUAAUUUUACAUUUAUUUUGCUACUGUUUUGUGAUAGGAACUAUUUAUAUUUUAUAUUAUUGUGAUAGAACUGGAUUUCAUUCUGGCUACUGGAUAGAAGUUGUCUGCCAAACAAAUGUAAAUGGUCACAUAGAGAUUGUUCCAGGAACAGCUAGUUUUGGGUGAUUUGUGUAAAAAGUAAAACAUGCAUGCUUGUUCCAGAUGGCAAACAGAAAUGCAGUUGUUUUAGGCAAAAGUAUUUUGGUGCAUUUGGGAGGGAAGGAUUGUGGGAAUCAGGCAGGGAGCAUUCUUUCCUUACCUUCCCAGCAGGCAGGUAGGUAGCUGCUCUGGGUGAGGGACGGAGAGAGGGCUUUCAAAUGUGGCUGGGAAAUUGUUAACGGAAAAUGGAGAUCAUGUGAUUACAACAGCAGUGUAGCAACAGUAAGUAGCACUGAAGCAGUCACAGCUUUCCCAAAUUCCAGGAGAUUUGGACACAUUCUGUAUUUGAGGUAUUUGAGGUACUUUGGUUCAAAAAUUGUUGCCCCAUGAUGCACCGUUUCAUCCAGUUAAAGGUCAUGACAAGAGUUUUAGGUAGUAGUAUAUAUAUUAUCAAACCUAGUUUUAUUUAACUGGUUUGACACAUCACAAACCAAGAAUCAAAUCCAUUGUGGCUUAAUGCAAUUCGUAACUUAGUGGCUGAGUUCAUACUUUGGGCUAAGUUUUAACUGUAAAAAAUUUCAAAAUAACUAGAUUUGUGAAACACCAAAAAUCACCUUUUAUUUUAGCAUGAUAGAUGAAUUCAAUUUAUAAUCACUUGUGCAUCAGAAGCUAGCUGCAGGUAGUUUGGAUAGACUUAUAAUAGCAUGUACCUUGAUCUGAGAAGUCAAAUGGCCCUCAGAAGCAGUUGGGCUUGUACUCUGAUAUUUUGUGAUCUGGCUUAUAAAUUGUAAUUUACUGAGGUCAUAAUCUCGUCAACGAUACCUAUAUAUGAGAAUAUGCUUUAUUACUA